CGAUACUGCAGCGGUCCCCGCAUCGUCCUCCAUUCUUGCGCCAUGGCCGGCUCAGACGAACUCGCGUACCUUAAGUCCCUCGUCUCGCAGCUCAAUGCGAAGAUUGAGGCGCUGGAGACCAAGGCCAAGGACGCGGUCUCGAAAACGCCAGCUCAACAGCUGCGUACCAUUCUCAUGGGCCCGCCUGGUGCAGGAAAGGGAACACAGGCUCCCCGCAUACGGGACGAGUUCUGUGUCUGCCACCUUGCUACCGGGGACAUGCUGCGCGAACAGGUCACGAAGAAGACCAAGCUCGGGGUCGAGGCCAAGAAGAUCAUGGAUGCCGGUGGUCUUGUCAGCGAUGACAUUAUGGUCGGCAUGAUCAGAGACCAGCUAGAGAACAACAAGGCAUGUAAGAAUGGUUUUGUCCUGGACGGCUUCCCUCGGACAGUCCCUCAAGCGGAGAAACUGGACUCGAUGCUGCAAGAGCGCAAAGAGAAACUAGACUCAGUCGUGGAACUCGUGAUCGAAGACCAGCUCUUAAUCUCUCGAAUCACUGGUCGACUGAUCCACCCUGCUAGCGGCCGAACCUACCAUAAGGAAUUCAACCCCCCGAAGAAGCCUAUGGCGGACGACGUCACCGGCGAGCCCCUCAUACAACGUUCCGAUGACAAUGUGGAGGCCCUUCGCAAGCGGUUAACUGUCUUCCACGCCCAGACUGGUCCAGUCGUCGAGUAUUAUAAGAGGAAAGGGCUGUGGUCCCCCAUUGACGCAGCGCAGUCGCCCAGCCUUGUGUGGGACAACUUACGCAAAGUCUUCACUAAGCAGUAGUAGUGCGAUACCGAUCUAGAUCAAUAGAUUGCUUGCUGUAUACUUUGUCUCCGCCU